GAGUUAGUGAGCGUGUAAUGAGUUAGUCAGCAUGUAGUGAGUUAGUGAGUAUGUAGUGAGUUGGUGAGCAUGUAGUGAUUUAGUGAGCAUGUAGUGAGUUAGUGAGUGUGUAGUGAGUUAGUAUGUAGUGAGUAGUGAGUUAGUGAGCGUGUAAUGAGUUAGUCAGCAUGUAAUGAGUCAGUGAGUGUGUAGUGAGUUAGUGAGUGUGUAGUGAGUUAGUCAGCAUGUAGUGAGUUAGUGAGCGAGCAGUGACUCAGCCUCCACACGGCCGCUGUGAUUCUCAUCUGUCACACCAGCAUGUCGAGGAAAAGGGAAUUCAGCUGCUUUCGCAUGCUCACGUCUACAGAAACCCUACAGCGACUCCAAACACACAAACGGUCACUUCCUCUGGCCGUGUUACAGGAAUUAGUUGUGACCUAUCAUGCUUUCGAAUUGUGACAGAGUGGACUUGUGGUCUGACAGUGUGAUCUGUGAGCUGGCAGUGCUGUAGAGAGAAGUGGAGCAGAGCGCACUGAUUUAGGAAAGUGCUGUGAUGAAGAUGAAGGACGGUAAAGGAAGAGGAAACUACAGGACCCACAAACCCCUGCGCAGGACACAGUCCCAGGGGCCGAUGAUUUACCCCCCCGCUCUCCUGAUCAGACCAGUGGACGUGAAGCCUGACGUCCCUCUGGCUCUGGAGCCGGUGUCUCCGCUGGACCUGCGGACGGACGGGAGGAUGCUGGACCCGAGCGUGUGGGAGCGGCAGCUGCAGCAGGAGCUGCUCCUCAUCCAGAAGCAGCAGCAGAUCCAGAAAGAGCUGCUCAUAAACGAGUUCCAGAAGCAGCACGAGAACCUGCUCCGCCAGCACCAGGCCCAGCUGCAGGAGCAUCUGAAGCUGCAGCAGGAGCUUCAGGCGAUGAAGCAGCGUCAGGAGCAGCUGGAGAAGGAGAGGAAGCUGGAGCAGCAAAACCAGGAGAGGGAACUGGAGAGGAAUCGCCGCCAGCAACAGGCCCUCAUCCUCAGGAGCAAGGAGCGGGCCAGAGAGAGUGCAGUGGCCAGCACGGAAGUUAAACAGAAGCUCCAGGAGUUCCUGUUGAAUAAAUCCACAAAGGAAUCGAUCCCCAGCGGAUCCUGCCAUGCCCUCUCCCACAGCUCCAAACUCUGGCUCACGGCAUCCCAUCACACCUCUCUGGAGCAGAGUUCUCCUCCUCUGGGGGGAGUUUCGCCCUCCUACAGGUUCCCCCUGCCCCCCCUGCAGGACUACAGAGACGAUUUCCCUCUGAGGAAGACAGCCUCUGAACCUAAUCUGAAGGUGCGCUCCAGGUUGAAGCAGAAGGUGGCAGAGAGGAGGAGCAGCCCCCUUCUGAGGAGGAAAGAGGGGAGCGUCAUGACGCCCUUCAAGAAGAGAGCCCUGGAGUUGCUGGAGUCCAGCAGCAGCAGCAGUGCCCCAGGCUCAGGCCCCAGCUCCCCCAACGGAGCCUCCAGUGCCCUGGGGACUGAAAACGGACCAUCGUCUCUACCAACCACCACCAGGACUGAGCGCUGGCCUUCACAGCCCAAGCUGCUUGGCCCUGAAGGUCCGGCGUCCGUGCUGAGCCUUUACACGUCUCCGUCUCUGCCUAACAUCAGCCUCGGCCUCUCUGCUGCUUCUUCUCCAAUCAGCGCUGGUUUGGGGCUGAAGGAGAAGCACGCUGAGGGCGGUGGAGUUUUGGGUCUGCCCGCUCACGUCCUGGGCCAUGUGCCCCUUCCCGUCACCAUGGAGACGAAAGUGGGCAGCAGUCAGCAGGCCCUCCUGCAGCACCUUCUGCAGAAAGAGCAGCUCCGCCAGCAGAAGAUCCUGUCCACCGGUCCCGGCACGGUGUCAGUGCACCCUCCGUCUCCGCUGGCCAUGAAGGAGCGCUGCUCGUCCAGCGUGCGGCCCAAACUGCAGCGGCACCGUCCCCUUAACCGCACACAGUCCGCCCCGCUGCCCCAGAGCAUGCUGGCCCAACUCGUCAUCCAGCAGCACCAGCACUUCCUGGAGAAGCAGAAACAGUAUCAGCAACAGGUCCACAUUAACAAGCUGCUCUCCAAGUCCAUCGAACAGCUGCGGCAGCCCAGCGGCCGCCUGCAUGAGUCAGAGGAGGAGGACGACACUUACGAGCAGGAGGACAGCUCGCCCUCUGCUGGCGUCAUCCGGAAGUGCAGCCCCAGCCACAGCAGCAGCAGCAGCAGCAGCAGCAGCGAAGUUAUCAAAAUCAAGGAGGAGCCAGUCGACAGUGACGACGAAACACAGGCCAAAGAGAGCUCUUACCUUCACCAGGUGAACGGCAGGCUGGUAAUACGGGCCACCAUCUGAUCCGAGACAGGGGCACAGCACGCAGGCACGCCCACGCUCCCCGACUCGUGCCCUAGACUCCACCUCCGAGCCCCUCGGGACUGUUUCCAUUCGUGAACUUGUGCAGUGAUCUCCUGUAUUGUAUGUUGUAAUGUUCUGUAUAUAAUUUCAGGAAGAGAAUCUAGAAAAUCCAGAAUGGUAAAAGUCUUUAUUUGUCUUUUCGAUUGUAAUUACUGACCUUUUUACUUUCCGCUGGAACCGAGCCACGCUAGAGCUCACGUAGGAUAAUCACUGAUUUUUCAUGCCACUUUGCAUAGCUUUAAUUUUGGAUGAUUUUGAUUGUUGUUAAUAUUAUUAUUAUUAUUAUUAUUAUUAUUGAAUUAUUAUUAUUCCUUCAGUGUUAGACUGCAGCAGCCUACUCUUCAUCUACAGAGGGAAUUGUUAAUGUUUAUUACAUGUUCAUCUCAAAGGACGGGGGGUUAAAGGAGUACUUCAGCGUUCUUCAACCUGAUCUCUAUCUGCUGCGUCUUCAGCGUAUGAUCGAUUAUUACGGAUAAUAACUGCAACACGUUUCCCUGAACGCAGAAAACCAGUUGACUCUAAACUCACUUAUAAUGGAAGUCAGUGGGAAGUUGCUGAAUUCCAUAUGUAAAAAUUUGUGCAAAACACUUUCAUGCAGUUUUCACAGAUGUCAAUUAAGCUGUUAAAUCUAGGCUAGUUCUCCAGAUCAAAGAACCUGCAAUAAUUCUUUACAGGCUCCUGAUCGCCAUGGAUACCGGAAAGCCAUAGAAUAAAGUGAAAGUAACCGAAACGUCUGUGUUUCUCCAGUGAUGUAAAGUUGAAUUAAACUCCACAAACACAUCUGUUUGUCUGUCACAUCCUCACUUCUACUUAUACAGCUGUAGACUUGCCUUUGCGUUCUAUAGCCAUGUAUCUAUAUGUUCAGCACCUGCCCAUUGACUUCUAUUAUAGACAUAUAAUGAGCAAAGUAUUUUUUGUUCUUUUCUAAGUUCUGGGAAACGUUUUGAAAUUAUUUUCUGUGGUAACUGAUUGUACGAGACAAGCGUGAAAGAUGGAGAUGAGGUUGAAAAAGGGUGGACUGCUCCUUUAAGUUUGCACAGAAACAGAAGCAUGAAAGGGGAACCCCACCGAUAUUUCAAAAUUGCUACAUAGUUCAAACUCAGAGUGGUUUAAUGUAAAAUGGUUCACUGUGUAGAAUCUUACCUGGGAUUUGUUUACAUUAGUGGUGACAAAGUUUUCCUUUGGGGACUAUUUUGCCUCACAACGGCCUGCAUGUACCCCUCCACCAUCAAAAACAUCUGAACAGCUUAAUGAAACAGUGUCUCAGACAUCAGGCAGUGAAUUCAUAACCAUUUCCUGUAGUAACUUUCUGUGAGGGAGCUUUUAGAGGUGG